CUAGAUUUAAAACAAAGCACAACACAACACGAAUCUCUCUCUCCGUCUAUAUAUCCCCCACAAAAAGCACUUCUCAUCAUCUUUCUACUGAUCAAAGCAAAAGCAGAAGCAGAAGCAGAAGCAGAAGCAGAACUGCAGGAGCAGAAGCUGCUUCUUCUCCCUUUUCCAUGGCCGUAGCUUCUCCAAACUCCCACUUCUCCACUGCCAUGGAGAGAACCGGCCAAUGGGUUUUCUCUCAAGAGGUCCCCGCCGAUGUCGUCGUUGAGAUCGGAGAUUCUCGCUUCCCUCUCCACAAAUUCUUGUUGGUGGCGAGGAGUGGGUACAUGCGGCGGCGGAUUCUGGAGGCGAAUCCGUCGGAGGUGGUGCGUGUCGAUCUCUCCGGCCUGCCAGGCGGGGCGGAGGCGUUCGAGAAGGCCGCAAAAUUCUGCUACGGCGUCAACUUCGAGAUCACGGUGCACAACGUGGCGGCCCUGCGGUGCGCGGCGGAGUACCUGGAGAUGACCGAGGAGGCGGACCCCGGCGGCGGAAGCAGCAGUCUCGCGCGAAGGGCGGAGGAGUUCCUGUCGCAGGCGGCGCUGAAGACGCUGCCCGGGGCGGUGGCGGUGCUCCGGAGCUGCGAGGAGGGGCUGCUGCCGUGGGCGGAGGAGCUCAGAAUUCUGCAGCGGUGUGUGGACGUGAUCGCCUUGAAGGCCUGCAAUGAAUCCAACUUUCCGGACGCGUCGCUCGCGAGUGGUGGGCGGCCGAGCUCGCCGCCUCGCCACGCUCCCUUCCAGAAGGUCGCUCUCCGCCAUGCGCUCUCGCACCGCGGGCGCCUGCCCGCAAUCCCUCCACGCGUCGCCGCCUACUUAACGAGCUCUUCCCUCCCCAGACCUCCUCCCGGGCCGGCGCCGGCGGCCGCGCCACCGCCGUCGCCGGGCGGCGCACGGCGACACACUCUCGCCGGUGGCCUCCUCGAAUCCAUCCGUGCUCCCUCCUCCCCCCGGACCGCCGCGACGCCCCGCUCCCCCGUCGGCUUCCUCUGCCUCCUCCUCCGCCCGCGAUCGCCCUCGCCGUGUCACCGCCUCCCGCCACGAGCUGAGCGCCGAAUCGCAGCGAAGUCCCUCGACAGCCGGAUCAUCGCGGAUUCGUUUGAGCACGAGGCCGCGGCCGGCGCCGGCGCCGGCGGCCUGCUGUACGGCGGCGGCGCCGCCCUCUGCUCUGCCGCCAUGCAGAAGGUGGCGCGCACCGUCGACGCCUUCGUCAGUGAGAUCGCCACCGACGUGGACCUCUCCGUCUCCAAGUUCGCCGGCAUCGCCGGCGCCCUCCCCAAGUCCUCCCGCCACUUCGAUGACGAUCUCUACCGCGCCGUCGACAUCUAUCUCAAGGCGCACUCUGAUCUGGACGAGAUUGAGAGGGAGAAGGUGUGCAGUGUGAUGGACCCGCUGCGGCUGUCGUACGAGGCGCGGCUGCACGCGGCGCAGAACAAGCGGCUGCCCCUCCAGAUCGUCCUCCACGCGCUCUACUACGACCAGCUCAAGCUCCGCAGCAGCUCCGCCUCCCAGCCGCAAGCGGCAGCGGUGCCGAAGCAGCACGGCGAUGCGUCCCUCACGCGCGAGAACGAGGCGCUCCGGUCCGAGCUUGCGCGCAUGCGCCUCUACGUGUCCGAGCUCGAGCGCACCAACGCGCCCGCGCUGGCUGCGUCGAAGUCGUCUUCGGCAACACCAGGCCCGCCCAAGAAGCCGACGACGUUCUUCGCCUCCGUGUCCCGCAAGCUCGGGAAGCUGAACCCGUUCAGGCACGGCGGGGCCAAGGACACGUCGAUGCUCCACGACGACGCGGCGGCGGGAGGGGUAGACGUGACCAAGCCCCGGAGGAGGAGGUUCUCGAUAUCGUGAUUUUGGAGGGACAAAAGUGCAAAAUAUUUGGUCCUGCUUUGAUUUGUUUGGCUAAUUUGUGUGUAUAUAAAUAUAUCUCUCUAUGUGGAAUUGUUAUUUGUUCAAGUUUUAAAAGAGUUUGUUGCUUGGUAUGGCUUUUUAAGAAUACGGGAUUUCAUUGAUUUGAGGUUUAAGGGCUUCUUCAAUA